AUGCCAGACUCACAGUUGAAUGCUGACAGAUCAUCAGACGUGAAUGAACUGGAGCAAAGACCAGCGAAGAAAUCUUCGAGACAGUUGACAGCGACUCUGAAGGAACUUUUUGAGCAGCAAAAGGAGAUAAAAGCCGCCGUGACGGAAUUACUCCUGGCAAAACUCCCGAAGGAUAAUAAGUAUGCACGCCUUAGUUCGGAAUUGAAGUCGUACAAUGAGGCUGCGCAUGCAACGGGCUUCAUUAACGAAGAAGGCGAACUUGGAAAUCACACACGAAAACGACGGCGGCUCUUGAUACCCCAACAAACGGCUGCCAAUGGUGAGCCUAAUAUGGUCAACUUCAACGCUCAACAGAGUAUGGUCGAGGGGAGCGGUGCACCAACGAAUCCGACUGUGGCAGAAUCUUCUGCGGCAUUGCAUACUUCAGACAAGACCUCUUCUACUGAUGACCUUUUUAACGACUUAUUGAAUUUCGACCAUCUUGGGGCUUUGAUCAGCGCGCCAACUUCACCACAAGACCCAGUCAGCUACAGAAGCUUUCCCGAAGCUAUGAGCCAUGGUCUUUGA